UCCUUUUAAUAUGCAAAUGUAUGAGUUGUCCCAAGAAAUUUUUAGUGCAAACAUAUUAAGCAUCCAGCUGGGAGAUCAAAACAAUUUAGAUGUUGGCGAAACCAGAUAUAUAAUAACAGCGAAUAAUUUGGGUGAAGCAAAAAUUGUAUUCAGUGCUGGUAGCGGUUAUGUGCUAGUAUCCAGCGAACCAAUCGACAUACAAGUAUUUCCUCCAUUAAGAUUGUAUCCACGCAACUCUACUCUGGUAGUUGGUUCAAAUAUGCAAAUAUAUUAUCAAGGCGGACCACAACCGGAUGUAAACAUCGUCUACCAUGUGCAUGACCAUAAGGUUAUAUCAAUGGACUCUGCUCUUGUAACUGCCCAUAAAUUGGGGGAAAUUGGGGAUUACUGGUAAAUGCAUUGUAAGAAAUCUCAGCAAUGAUAAAGAUGAGGUAAUAUCAGAGGAUACCCUUGAGAUACAUGUUGUGUCUUUAGUCAAUAUACAAAUAAACACACCGUUAGUUAGAAUACGCAGUGGGGCAAUAAUGCCCGCGGCUAAUUGGGAUGCCUAAUUUGUCACCUAUGAUAUUGGGAGCGCCAAAGCAUCGGCCACUGCCUUUUUAACUCGAGGAUGGGCCGACAUACCCAAAU